GACAGAAGGAGAACGACAUAGGAUUUGCGUUUGUCUUCUAUUUUAACUCGCCUUGUCUUUGUAUUGCCGCUCUCCAAGAUAUUCCUUUUGACUGUCACCACGUCUAGAGAUUUGUGUUCAACAUGAUGUUGAAAUUAUUAUUGAUUUGUGGUAUUUUUAUGACGGUGCGUGGGAGUGGACUUGGACUCUCACCUGCCGAUAGGCUAGCGCUACGAGGACUCCUACAGGAAGCGUACUAUGGUACACGCGAAGACGAGAACAUGGAGAGCAACGAAUUACAUAUCUCGCCAUUUACAUACAUAUCAGGGGGCGCCGGAGAAGGAAAACAACAACUAGGACCUGAAAAUAUACCUAACGAGAAAUUAGCUUUACCCGAGCUCGAUUCACCAGAAUACGAAGUUCCGCCAAAUCCGUGUCCGAUGGAAUUACCGAAAGGUAGACAUAUUGUUAAGUCAGAAUUGUUCCCCAAACUGGAAUGCUCAUGCAGUAGUAACGCAUCACUGGAUAACAACGUGGACUGCGCUGAUCCCUCGGUUGUUGAAUGUUGUAUCAUAAACAUGGACGACUUGGAAAAUUUUGUUAGCUAUUUCCAAACUCAACAAGGAAAAGAUAAUGGUGACGGAAUCGCCAACGUUCAAAAAGUAAAUAAGAAGAACCAAUACCACGAUGGCGAUAAACUUGGUUCUUUGGUAGCAAAAAAAUCUCCACGUAAAUAUAAAAGGGAUUCAUAUGAGUUAGCAGAACGAUUUGCACGGAGAGCCAACCGCUACUUAGACGGGCAAGAUCAUAUCAACUCGGUGGUGGCCAAGAAAUCACCCAGAUAUUUAGACCCUAAUGGCACGUUUAUGUAAACUCCUUUAAACUGGCGACGAGACCGUUCUAUUCCACAGGCUUCGAUAAUUAUAUCCCAUUAUGGUGUACUUAAAAGGCCCAAACAUACGAAACAUCAAAAUUGUCAUUUACACAUAUACAACGUGGUUUGUUGACGCUCUUUAAACAAACAUAUAUAUAUAUAUAUAUAUAUAUAUAUAUAUAUAUAUAUAUAUAUAUAUAUAUAUAUAUAUAUAUAUUUAACGAGCGUUAUCAAGUCACUUAGUAUAAAAUAAUUGCACAACUCCUGAAAUGUAAUUAGAAUAUAGCACAGUUAGUUGGAGUACCAGGGCAAUGGCACAAAGUUGAAUAUCAUUCACUAUAUUUUACCAACUAGAUAUGUUUCAUGUUGUUUAUGAAAUUGUAUGAUCUAUUAACAUUCAAUUAUUUUCUGUUGUCGAUGCCGAUUAGAACUUUAGUUAUUUACAGUGCUCAAGUUCGACAAAAAAACAGUGUUCGGAUAUAGCCUAUGACCAUAUUAGUUUGCAACACUAUGCGGUAGCCACCCCCCCCCCACAUACACACGAAUAGGUUUCCGCAGUAGUCUUUAUGAUGCCCUUUGUAGUCCGUGUUGUUUAUUUACUUACAUUGUUUGUAAAAUAUAUAUCUUUCGUUUAAUGUGUGAUGUAAACGUACAUGCAAUCCUUCUUCUGAGCAUAUCAUAUUAAAAUGUGUGUUUGUCUUAUUUUUCAUUUA